CAAGCCGGCAAGCCGGCUACUAGUAAGCACGCGUAGUGCACUGCAGCGCUCACUUGGACGUGUUCUGUUGCUUCGUUGUCCACGCCGCCGCUGCUUGGACCGUAAGCGCAGAGGGCACGGCUGCCCACCGGGCUGCCCAUCAAAAGCCUCAUGGCAAUGGACAUGAAGGCCUGCGAAGCCGUCGCGGUCGUGGCCGAAGCGGUGCCGAUCACGGCCGAAUUAAUACAAGACGCCGACGCCAAGUUAUACGACGACGCGCCCGUGGCGGCGGUGUGGUGCGACCCCGCGCCCGCCGACGCGAAGCACUGCAUCGAACUGGAGGCGAAGGAGCUAGACGUGCGGGCGGAUCCCGAUGGCGUCCGACGGAGAGUGGUUGUAUUAAGGGACGCGCUCGUCCGCGGCGCGCCGCUAGACCUGCGCGACGACGCGGCGUCGGGGGGUCUCGAGGACGCGGCGGCCCUGAGUCUGAGGGACGCGGACCUCGGGAGGACGCUGCUGCACCACGCCGCGGAUCUCGGUCGCGCGGACGCCGUGCGCGAAUUGCUAGAGUACGCAGGUUCGCGUUCGCGAGAGUACUGCGCGAUGCGCGACGAGCGAGGAAGUACCGCGCUCGACCUGGCGCGCGACGGCGCCUGCGCGGCGCUGCUGCGCCCGCACGACGACGGCGCGGAGGCCAAGUAGUCGUCCCUGUAUACGUCCGCCUCGACGCCAUCGACGUGCACUCCCCUCUGUGUGUCUCCCCACGUCCUAGACCCACGUCCUCGUCCACUUUCACGCCAGCGACGCGGCGCUUCUCUCUUAAACUGUGAUAAACUAUUGAUAUAC